CCCUCCCUCCCCUCCCCCACCCGCGAUCCGGGCCGCUGCUGCUGGGCCGGACCCCCCGGGCUCAGCCCGGCCCCUCGCCGAGCUGCCGCCGCCGCCCCGUUUGCUGAGGAGGAGGCCCCCGGCCGGGGCGUCGGGCGCGGGGCAUAAAACGGGCCGGAGCCGGCGCCCGGGGCAGUAGAGCCGCGUACGGCCCGGGUCAGCGCCCGCCCGCCCGCGCUCCUCCCGGCCGCUCCUCCCGCCCCGCCCGGCCCGGCGCCGACUCUGCGGCCGCCCGACGAGCCCCUCGCGGCACUGCCCCGGCCCCGGCCCCGGCCCCCUCCCGCCGCACCGCCCCCGGCCCGGCCCUCCGCCCUCCGCACUCCCGCCUCCCUCCCUCCGCCCGCUCCCGCGCCCUCCUCCCUCCCGCCUCCCCAGCUGUCCCGUUCGCGUCAUGCCGAGCCUCCCGGCCCCGCCGGCCCCGCUGCUGCUCCUCGGGUUGCUGCUGCUCGGCUCCCGGCCGGCCCGCGGCGCCGGCCCCGAGCCCCCCGUGCUGCCCAUCCGUUCUGAGAAGGAGCCGCUGCCCGUUCGGGGAGCGGCAGGCUGCUCCUUCGGCGGGAAGGUCUAUGCCUUGGACGAGACGUGGCACCCGGACCUAGGGGAGCCCUUCGGGGUGAUGCGCUGCGUGCUGUGCGCCUGCGAGGCGCCUCAGUGGGGUCGCCGUACCAGGGGCCCUGGCAGGGUCAGCUGCAAGAACAUCAAACCAGAGUGCCCAACCCCGGCCUGUGGGCAGCCGCGCCAGCUGCCGGGACACUGCUGCCAGACCUGCCCCCAGGAGCGCAGCAGUUCGGAGCGGCAGCCGAGCGGCCUGUCCUUCGAGUAUCCGCGGGACCCGGAGCAUCGCAGUUAUAGCGACCGCGGGGAGCCAGGCGCUGAGGAGCGGGCCCGUGGUGACGGCCACACGGACUUCGUGGCGCUGCUGACAGGGCCGAGGUCGCAGGCGGUGGCACGAGCCCGAGUCUCGCUGCUGCGCUCUAGCCUCCGCUUCUCUAUCUCCUACAGGCGGCUGGACCGCCCUACCAGGGUCCGCUUCUCAGACUCCAAUGGCAGUGUCCUGUUUGAGCACCCUGCAGCCCCCACCCAGGAUGGCCUGGUCUGUGGGGUGUGGCGGGCAGUGCCUCGGUUGUCUCUGAGGCUCCUUAGGGCAGAACAGCUGCAUGUGGCACUUGUGACACUCACUCACCCUUCAGGGGAGGUCUGGGGGCCUCUCAUCCGGCACCGGGCCCUGGCUGCAGAGACCUUCAGUGCCAUCCUGACUCUAGAAGGCCCCCCACAGCAGGGCGUAGGGGGCAUCACCCUGCUCACUCUCAGUGACACAGAGGACUCCUUGCAUUUUUUGCUGCUCUUCCGAGGGCUGCUGGAACCCAGGAGUGGGGGUAAGUGGGAUGGGGGCAAAACACGUGAGAAGGUUAGGGAGAGCACCUGUCUCAGAAAGGCCCACAUGUGCGGCCUUGCAGGACUAACCCAGGUUCCCUUGAGGCUCCAGAUUCUACACCAGGGGCAGCUACUGCGAGAACUUCAGGCCAAUGUCUCAGCCCAGGAACCAGGCUUUGCUGAGGUGCUGCCCAACCUGACAGUCCAGGAGAUGGACUGGCUGGUGCUGGGGGAGCUGCAGAUGGCCCUGGAGUGGGCAGGCAGGCCAGGGCUGCGCAUCAGUGGACACAUUGCUGCCAGGAAGAGCUGCGACGUCCUGCAAAGUGUCCUUUGUGGGGCUGAUGCCCUGAUCCCAGUCCAGACGGGUGCUGCCGGCUCAGCCAGCCUCACGCUGCUAGGAAAUGGCUCCCUGAUCUAUCAGGUGCAAGUGGUAGGGACAAGCAGUGAGGUGGUGGCCAUGACACUGGAGACCAAGCCUCAGCGGAGGGAUCAGCGCACUGUCCUGUGCCACAUGGCUGGACUCCAGCCAGGAGGACACAUGGCCGUGGGUAUCUGCCCUGGGCUGGGUGCCCGAGGGGCUCAUAUGCUGCUGCAGAAUGAGCUCUUCCUGAACGUGGGCACCAAGGACUUCCCAGACGGAGAGCUUCGGGGGCACGUGGCUGCCCUGCCCUACUGUGGGCAUAGUGCCCGCCAUGACACGCUGCCCGUGCCCCUAGCAGGAGCCCUGGUGCUACCCCCUGUGAAGAGCCAAGCAGCAGGGCACGCCUGGCUUUCCUUGGAUACCCACUGUCACCUGCACUAUGAAGUGCUGCUGGCUGGGCUUGGUGGCUCAGAACAAGGCACUGUCACUGCCCACCUCCUUGGGCCUCCUGGAACGCCAGGGCCUCGGCGGCUGCUGAAGGGAUUCUAUGGCUCAGAGGCCCAGGGUGUGGUGAAGGACCUGGAGCCGGAGCUGCUGCGGCACCUGGCAAAAGGCAUGGCCUCCCUGCUGAUCACCACCAAGGGUAGCCCCAGAGGGGAGCUCCGAGGGCAGGUGCACAUAGCCAACCAAUGUGAGGUUGGCGGACUGCGCCUGGAGGCGGCCGGGGCCGAGGGGGUGCGGGCGCUGGGGGCUCCGGAUACAGCUGCUGCUGCGCCGCCUGUGGUGCCUGGUCUCCCGGCCCUAGCGCCCGCCAAACCUGGUGGUCCUGGGCGGCCCCGAGACCCCAACACAUGCUUCUUCGAGGGGCAGCAGCGCCCCCACGGGGCUCGCUGGGCGCCCAACUACGACCCGCUCUGCUCACUCUGCACCUGCCAGAGACGAACGGUGAUCUGUGACCCGGUGGUGUGCCCACCGCCCAGCUGCCCACACCCGGUGCAGGCUCCCGACCAGUGCUGCCCUGUUUGCCCUGAGAAACAAGAUGUCAGAGACUUGCCAGGGCUGCCAAGGAGCCGGGACCCAGGAGAGGGCUGCUAUUUUGAUGGUGACCGGAGCUGGCGGGCAGCGGGUACGCGGUGGCACCCCGUUGUGCCCCCCUUUGGCUUAAUUAAGUGUGCUGUCUGCACCUGCAAGGGGGGCACUGGAGAGGUGCACUGUGAGAAGGUGCAGUGUCCCCGGCUGGCCUGUGCCCAGCCUGUGCGUGUCAACCCCACUGACUGCUGCAAACAGUGUCCAGUGGGGUCGGGGGCCCACCCCCAGCUGGGGGACCCCAUGCAGGCUGAUGGGCCCCGGGGCUGCCGUUUUGCUGGGCAGUGGUUCCCAGAGAGUCAGAGCUGGCACCCCUCAGUGCCCCCUUUUGGAGAGAUGAGCUGUAUCACCUGCCGAUGUGGGGCAGGGGUGCCUCACUGUGAGCGGGAUGACUGUUCACUGCCACUGUCCUGCGGCUCGGGGAAGGAGAGUCGAUGCUGUUCCCGCUGCACGGCCCACCGGCGGCGGGCAGAAGGGCUGCUGUUGAGGUCCUGGGAAGACAACUCGGUCAAGUACAUGUGCUUCCGGCCCAGCAGCUGGCGGGUCUCAUGAGCCUGCCUGGCAAAGAGGCCUGUGAGACUGAAGCAGGUGGCCAUGGCUGUGACCUUCCACACUUAUGAGAUGGGGAGUCUCACUAUGUUGCCCAGGCUAGUCUUGAAUUCCUAGCAUGAAGCGAUCCUCCCAACUCAGCCUCCUAAAAAUGCUGGGAUUUCAGGCGUGAGCCACUGCACACAUGGCCUAGACUAGUGCUUUUCAAGCUUUCAUGCACAUGUGAAUCAUCUGGGAGUCUUGUUGAAAUGCAGACGCUGAUCAGAAGGUCUGGGGUGAGGCCUGGGCUGCUGCCUUGCCGACAAGCUGCCUGGUAAUGCUGCUGCUGUUGGUGCAGGAACACAUUACGAGUAACAAGGCUGUGGACGGCCCAUCACCUGACAUUUUUAGCAAAAUCUGCCAUACUACAAAGCUUCAUGUUCCAGCCGAGGUACCACUGGAAAUGGCACCAGGGAAGACCUUCAAAAGAAGGGUUUUUUUUUCCCCUCCCCUCCUCCACAAAUAGGUGAGUGAGGAGACUUCCUGACGCGGCUAAAAUAAAAAAUUAUAGCACUUUAUUUUUGACUGAUUAUAGAUGUAACAAUUCUCCACUGGAAAAGUUUCAGAAAAUAGAAAAGUAUAAACUGAAGAAAAUUUACUUACUUAAUAAAAUUAGAACUGCAAUUCAGAAUGAGCCUCAUUUACCUUUGAUGUUUUCCCUAGUCUUUUUUAUCCUGAACAUUAUGAUGCCAUGA